AAAAGACACCGGAUUAAGUCAAAUUCAAAUGUUCCAUGUGUCCCAAAAGACUUGUUGAUGAUGUCAGAAUUAGUUCUUCCACAGUUCAUCUUUAGUCUUAUUCAGCACUUAAGAGAGGGGUAUAAUGAGCCUGCUCUUGAUCUGCCAUCAGAGAAAGACCUUCAGAAAAUCCUCCAGGUUUUGGAGCCUCAUGUUUCCUUUCUAGAAGACUUGACCAAAAUGGGAGGAGCAAUGCGAUCAGUUCUUACCCAGGUUUUGACUAGCCAACAGUUCUACAAAGAUCUUAGCUCUGGUGUUGGAGAGAAUGCAUGUGCAAAGAAAAGUCAUGAAAAGUACCUCAUUGCUUUGAAAGGCUCUGGACUGGCAUUUCCUGAGGAUAAAAUUGCAUGUGGUAUGCAGGAACAAGGAGCUGGAACUAGCACAUUAUCAGUUCAAGGUUUAGCAGGUGCUACAGCAACAUCAGGACAAGGGGAUUCUUCAGAUGAGGAGGACCAGGAUGGUAGCCAAGGUGUGGGCAAGCGCAAGAGGGUGAAACUAAGCAGCACCACCAAAGAUCAAUCUAUCAUGGAUGUUUUGAAGCAUAAAUGUUUUCUAGAAGAAUUAUUAUUUUGGACAAUAAAAUACGAGUUUCCACAGAAGAUGGUGACUUUCUUACUCAACAUGCUGCCAGAUCAAGAUUAUAAGAUUGCUUUUACAAAAACUUUUGUUCAGCAUUAUGCUUUUAUUAUGAAAACAUUGAAGAAAAGCCAUGAAUCCGACACAAUGUCUAAUAGAAUUGUGCAUAUCAGUGUUCAGUUGUUCAGCAAUGAAGAGCUAGCACGUCAAGUAACAGAAGAAUGUCAGCUGCUGGAUAUUAUGGUCACUGUUCUGUUAUAUAUGAUGGAGAGUUGCCUUAUUAAAAGUGAAUUGCAAGAUGAAGAAAAUAGUUUACAUGUUGUGGUAAAUUGUGGGGAAGCACUACUGAAAAAUAAUACUUACUGGCCCCUGGUUAGUGAUUUUAUAAACAUACUUUCACACCAAAGUGUGGCAAAGAAAUUUUUGGAAGAUCAUGGUCUUCUGGUAACAUGGAUGAAUUUUGUAUCAUUCUUUCAAGGUAUGAAUUUAAAUAAACGAGAAUUAAAUGAGCAUGUGGAGUUUGAAUCACAGACAUACUAUGCUGCGUUUGCUGCUGAGCUGGAAGCCUGUGCCCAGCCUAUGUGGGGUCUUCUGUCACACUGCAAAGUUAGGGAAACACAGGAAUACACACGAAAUGUUGUCAGAUACUGCCUUGAAGCGCUUCAAGACUGGUUUGAUGCUAUCAACUUUGUAGAUGAGCCAGCUCCUAACCAAGUUACCUUUCAUUUGCCAUUGCACCGUUACUUUGCCAUGUUUUUAAGUAAGGCUGUCAAAUGCCAAGAACUAGAUCUGGAUACAAUCUUGCCAGAUCAGGAGAUGCUGAUGAAACUGAUGAUUCACCCACUUCAGAUUCAGGCAAGUCUUUCUGAAAUUCACAGCAAUAUGUGGGUUAGAAAUGGUCUACAAAUUAAAGGGCAGGCCAUGACUUACGUGCAGUCUCAUUUCUGCAAUUCGAUGAUUGAUCCUGACAUUUAUCUGCUGCAAGUCUGUGCCUCUAGGCUGGACCCAGAUUAUUUUAUUUCAUCUGUUUUUGAAAGAUUUAAGGUGGUAGAUCUAUUAACGAUGGCAUCGCAGCAUCAAAAUACAGUUCUUGAUUCAGAGCACGAAAGGUCCAUGUUGGAAGGAGCCUUAACAUUUUUGGUCCUUUUAUUAAGUCUUCGUUUGCACUUAGGAAUGACAGAUGAUGAGAUCCUCAGAGCAGAGAUGGUUGCCCAACUCUGUAUGAAUGACAGAACACACAGCUCAUUAUUGGAUCUUAUUCCAGAAAACCCCAAUCCUAAAAGUGGUAUUAUUCCAGGAAGCUUAAGCUUUGAAUCGGUCUUGUCAGCAGUUGCUGAUUUUAAAGCUCCUGUUUUUGAACCUGGAGGUUCCAUGCAACAAGGAAUGUAUACACCUAAAGCUGAAGUUUGGGAUAAGGAAUUUGACCCCGUCAUGGUGAUACUUCGAACAGUUUACCGUCGAGAUGUGCAGUCUGCAAUGGACAGAUACACAGCAUUUUUAAAGCAAAGUGGUAAAUUCCCUGGGAACCCAUGGCCUCCUUAUAAGAAGAGAACACCACUGCAUCCAAGUUACAAAGGCCUCAUAAAGCUUUUGCACUGUAAAACUCUGCACAUUGUGCUGUUCACACUUCUUUAUAAGAUAUUAAUGGAUCAUCAGAAUUUAUCGGAACAUGUGCUUUGCAUGGUUUUGUAUUUGAUUGAGCUGGGAUUGGAAAAUUCUCCAGAACAGGAGUCAGAUGAAGAGGAAUCUGCGGGUGGUCAAGAGCGUUGCCAUGAUAGUUGGUUUCCAGGUAGUAACUUGGUUUCUAACAUGCGUCACUUCAUUAACUAUGUCCGAGUAAGAGUACCAGAAACUGCUCCAGAGGUGAAGAGGGAACCACCUGCAAGUACAAGUUCUGAUGGUUUAGCUUCAUCACAAAGUUCAAGGCGGAAGAGCCUCCAGAGAGAGAGCUCGGGAACAGCUCAAGUGUUCAGUUUGGUUGCGGAACGUAGGAAGAAAUUUCAAGAGAUCAUCAAUCGGAACACCAGUGAGGCAAAUCAGGUGGUUCGGCCCAAAACAUCGAUGAAAUGGUCUGCACCUGGAGCAACUCCACAGCUAACCACAGCCAUUCUAGAGGUCAAGGAAAGCAUUCUGUCCUUGCUGAUCAAAUUGCAUCACAAACUCUCAGGAAAACAAAACUCUUAUUAUCCUCCGUGGCUGGAUGAUGUGGAUGUUUUAAUCCAUCCAGAAAUUCCAAGAUACUCUCAUGGUGAUGGAAUGACGGCAGUAGAAAGAAUUUUAUUGAAAGCUGCUGUACAGAGCAGAUUGAAUAAACGCAUAAUUGAAGAGAUAUGUAGAAAGGUGACACCUCCUGUACCACCAAAAAAGAUUAGCUCUGCAGAGAAGAAAACUUUGGAUAAAGAAGAAAGACGGCAGAAGGCCAGGGAAAGGCAACAGAAAUUGCUGGCUGAAUUUGCUUCAAGGCAGAAAAGCUUCAUGGAAACAGCCAUGGAUGUUGAAUCGCCAGAUGCUGAUAUUGCCAUGGAGGUAGCUGCAUCGGAACAGCAUGUUUCUGAGGCAGUAUAUGAUUGUGUUAUUUGUGGACAAAGUGGUCCUUCUACUGAAGACAGACCUACAGGGCUAGUUGUACUAUUACAAGCAUCCUCAGUGUUGGGACAAUGCCGCAAUAGCACUGAGCCAAAGAGACUACCAACUACUGAAGAGGAGCAAAUAUACCCUUGGGACACCUGUGCAGCACUGCAUGAUGUGAGGCUUACAACUUUACAGCGAUACUUCAAAGAUAGCUCCUGCCUGCAAGCAGUGUCAAUAGGCUGGGAAGGAGGUGUUUAUGUUCAAACUUGUGGUCACACUUUACACAUAGAUUGUCACAAAUCCUACAUGGAAUCUUUACGGAAUGACCAGGUCCUGCAGGGGUUUUCAGUGGACAAAGGAGAAUUUACCUGUCCCCUCUGUAGGCAAUUUGCUAACAGUGUUCUUCCUUGUUACCCUGGAAACAACGUGGAAAGAAGCCUUUGGCAAAGUCACAGUAACAAGUGUAUGCAAGAUCUUGUGCAAGAGGUGGAAGAUCUUCAAGAACAGCUGGGAACUUUCCCAGUAAGCAUCAGUUCUGAAACCAAUCUCAGUAAAGAAAUGGAAUCUGUAAUGAAAGAUAUAAAAAGUACGACGCAGAAGAAGUAUACAGAUUACAGUAAGACUCCUGGAUCACCUGACAAUGAUUUUCUGUUUAUGUACUCAGUAGCCAGAACAAACUUGGAACUAGAGCUGGUCCAUCGAGGAGGCAAUUUAUGUUCAGGAGGGGCAAGCACAGCUGGGAAAAGAUCAUGUUUAAAUCAGCUGUUCCACGUGUUGGCCAUGCACAUGCGCCUCUACAGUAUAGACUCUGCGUACAAUCCUUGGAGGAAACUGACCCAGCCAAUACAGGAUAAAAAUUCAGAGCUAAGUGAAGAACUGCCAGAAGUUCCUGUACUUUACAGAGAUGUCUCAUCCCUUUUGCUUAUCCAGAUUUUAACCAUGCCUCAACCAUUGCACAAAGAACACUUCACCUGCAUUAUAAAAGUGCUGUUCACUUUAUUGUAUACUCAAGCCUUGGCAGCACUUUCUGUUAAAUGCAGUGCUGAAGAUAGGAUGGCAUGGAAAGAGUCAGGAGCUCUCAAAAAGAAUACGUCCAGUGGAGAAAAAUCUUGGGAAGUGUUACUGGGUCAUGUGAUGAGUGAGCUGUCUAAGGGGAAGAUGUAUGAAGAAGGAGAGACUGAAGAAUUAACAGUGGUAAAUCCUGACUCUGUAGAGUGCUAUCUGCAGCAGUUCUGCCUGCCUUUCCUCAGGAUCACAAGCCUUCUCCAACAUCAUCUUUUUGGAGGGGAUUUACCUAGUUGCCAGGAAGAUGAAGAAUUCACAGUUCUUGCAAGCUGCCUGGGUCUGUUACCAUCUUUUCAGUCAGCUCAUCAGUUCACCAGUGCCUCUUGUCUCGAUUGGCCAGUGCCAGCAUUUGACAUGAUAUCACAGUGGUGCUCAGAACUGGCUUCAUUUGGAGAUAGACAUCCAGAUCAAAUAAAGGCUUUGCUUAUCCAGGAACCUAAGUGGGACUUGCCACGCCUCCUUCAGUUGCCUGAGAAUUAUAAUACCAUUUUCCAGUAUUAUCACAGAAAGACUUGUACUGUUUGCACCAAGGUUCCUAAAGAUCCUGCUGUUUGUCUAGUUUGUGGUACUUUUGUAUGCCUGAAAGGACUGUGUUGCAAACAACAGAGUUACUGUGAAUGUGUUCUGCAUUCUCAAAACUGUGGAGCUGGGACAGGAAUAUUUCUUUUGAUCAAUGCGUCUGUAAUCAUCAUCAUACGAGGUCAUCGUUUCUGCCUUUGGGGUUCUGUUUAUCUAGAUGCACAUGGUGAAGAAGACAGAGAUCUUAGGCGUGGUAAACCUCUCUACAUAUGCAAGGAAAGAUACAAAGUGCUUGAGCAGCAGUGGGUGUCUCAUACUUUUGAUCAUAUCAAUAAAAGAUGGGGGCCACACUAUAAUGGCUUGUAAAUCAUCAUCUACACACAGUAUCAUUGCUGUCACCAUGAAUGAAUGCAUCUUGACUGACAAUAGCUUUAACUGAAUGGGAGUUUAGCUCUUUGCCUCGGGGUGAAGUGGGGUAUGGGCAUAAAAGGGAAAUGGAACUUUGUCACCAUGUGAAAUUUUAGCAAAAUUAGCUGCUGUUACUACUAAAUAAUGAUACAAUAAUUUGAAAUUAAACCCUCAGAAUGGUGUGAGCAAUCUGAUUGCACUCAGUAGUCUACUUUUCUUCUUUUUUUAAAGCCCAUUAUUGUUAAGAAGCACAAAUUUUACUUACAGUUGUUUAGAGUCUCCAGGGAUAGCUGUCAAGUUUUUAUUUUUCUCUGCAUGGAGUUGGGUUUUUAGCAAUUUUUGCUGAAACACUGUAUAUGUCUGCUACAUCUACUAAAUAUGUUGGAUAAAA